AUGGAUAAGGUAUACCUGCUGCAAACGCUAACCGGACAUGUUGGCCGUGUCUGGAGUGCAUCUUGGCAUCCUAGCGGUGACACAUUCGCCUCCUGCGGCGAGGAUAAAACAAUUCGUGUAUGGACGAAGACAGACAACAACCGAUGGAUUGCCCAGACAGUGCUCACGGAUGGGCAUUCACGUACCAUACGCGACGUUGCAUGGUCGUACUGUGGUCACUAUCUUGCGUCGGCCAGUUUCGACACGACGGUGGCAGUUUGGGACAAAAAGUCAGGUGAAUUUGAAUGCAAUGCCACACUGGAAGGGCACGAUAAUGAGGUGAAGAGUGUGACCUGGUCUAGGUCGGGCAGCUUGCUAGCAACGUGCAGCCGGGACAAGUCGGUCUGGAUCUGGGAGAUACACAAUGCGGCGGGCCAGGAGGAUGAGUACGAAUGUGUUGCAGUGCUGAACGGCCAUACGCAGGAUGUGAAAAAGGUAUGUUGGCAUCCGCAUGAAGACUUGCUGGCAUCCGCCAGCUACGACAACACGAUACGCCUGUACCGUCAGGACACGGUGGACAACGAGUGGGAAAUGCUCGAACCAAUGGAAUCGCACACCUCAACCGUGUGGAGCAUAUCGUUCGAUGCGACCGGGAAGCGUUUGGCAUCCUGCAGCGAGGACACGACGGUGAAAAUCUGGCAGCAGUACGGGCCGGACAACACGCUCGGCAUACCCUGCCCGGACAAGGGUUCGGUGUGGAAGUGUGUCUGCACCCUGUCUGGGUUCCAUACGCGUAGCGUGUACGAUAUUGACUGGUGCAAGCAAACCGGUCUGCUGGCGACCGCUUGCGGUGAUGAUUUGAUACGGAUAUUUAAGGAAUCGACCGAUUCCGACCCGAACCAACCAACGUUUGAGCUGGUGGUAACGAUCGCAGCACACAGUCAAGAUGCGAACAAGGUAGCCUGGCAUCCGGUCAAACCCGGUAUCCUGUUGACGGCGAGUGACGAUGGCGAAAUCAAGAUAUGGCAUUAUCAGGAGGAGGACGGACCAGUUGGAGAACGAUGCCAGGAUUAG